CUCUGAGUCAGCCACUCAGGUUAUCAGCAUGGCGGUACGCUACCGUGCAAGGUCUGAAAAAGCGAGAAAGGCACCAAAUCAUCAAAAGAGCUGGCAUCCCGUUUGAGAUGCGACGGGACACAGCGGGGGACCCCGAGUCUUUGUGUUUUUGGAUAGAGGCCGCUAAAGACUUAUGUGUGACACUGUGGUGAGCCGUGUCCUCUUACUCUGUGACAUAAGCGGGAGCGACCCAAAAUACACGCAAGUCAGGAAGUCGAGCCACCUCCAACGGUAGAACUUGCACCAUCACGAUGAGCAGUCUGGUGCUCGUCGAGUCCUUGGUGGUGUUCACCAUUGUCCUUUGUGUCCACUUUGUCAUCUGGGACCAGCUGUCUUGGUGCUCAAUUGCCUUAGCCAUCCAGGCCUUUUACGUUCAGCACAAAUGGGACCGCUUGCUGAAAUCAGGGGGGGGCGUCUUUCAUUUUAGGCCUUCUGCCAACAGUGGCAUCCUCCCCGCCUGCAUGGCCAUGCCACUCCUCGGCAUGGUCCUACAGGAGCGCUGUCGGGCAUCGGGGAACGUCUAUUUUGAACGUUUCUCAAUGGUGGUCACAGCAACUGGAAUGACGCUUGCGCUGUUCCUCUCCUUGAUUGCUCUCGGCAUCACGCGGCCCGUCCCCACUAACACUUGCAUCAUUUCUGGCAUUGCCGGCAGCGCCGUCAUCUACACUGCCAAGCAAGUGCUGACCGUCUCCGAAGUUAUUGAGGUCUUGGAGGUGCUCUUGAUCUUCGUCUACCUCAGCCUGAUUGUUUUAUAUCUCCUUCCUCGCUGUUUCACCCCUGGUGAGGCACUAAUUGUCGUCGGAGGCAUCAGCUUUGUCAUCAACCAGCUUAUUAAGCGCUCUCUCAAUGCUUCCGAGAGCCGAGGAGACCCAGUGACGCACUUUUUGCUGGUCGCAAUAGUGGGGUCCUUGCUGGUGGGAAUUUUCUUCGCACUCCUUUUUUGCUUCAUGGAGUCAGAGACCUGGGUGUCGUCCCUGUUUUUUCACAUGAUGACGGCAGUUCUGGGCUUGGGGAUCAUCAUGCCGUGGCUCGCCCUUCUGAUUCGCAGGCACCCCCUCAUGUGGCUGAUAGACUUUGUGCGGCACAGCAGUAUACGGCUGUAUUUGUUGAGCUAUUGGCUGUUUUUGGCGGUUCUGGCCUCUGGGAUUGUGCUGCAGCAGAACUUCAAACGAGGCGAGUCGAAGAAACACCAGGCGUCCACGGUGGUGAGGAAGUACUUUCAUCUGAUUGUUGUGGCCACUUUUGUGCCCGGCUUAAUUUAUGAUCGGGAGCUCCUGCACGUGGCAUCUGUGAUAUGUCUUUCAGUGUUUCUUCUCCUGGAGUACAUCCGGUAUUUUCGCAUCAGGCCCUUAGGGCGGCUUCUUCGGCAGCUGCUCACCCUUUUCCUCGAUGAGCGUGAUUCAGGUCCCCUCAUCCUGACCCACAUCUACCUGUUGAUUGGCUUAGCUCUCCCCGUGUGGCUUUUUCCUGGACCUUGCACUUCCAAGGGGACCUUUUCUGGACCAGGAGGGUUGGUGCCUUACGCCGGUGUGCUGGCUGUAGGAGUUGGGGACACGGUGGCCUCAGUCUUUGGAAGUAGCCUUGGAGAGAUUAAAUGGCCUGGGACCAGGAAAACAGUGGAGGGGACAGCCACCUCAGUCUUUGCACAAAUCAUUGCUGUGGCUUUGCUCCUCAUCUUUGAUGGAACGAUUAACCUGAAUGCAAGCUACUCCUGGAUUGUGAGCUCGAUAACUUUGGUUUCUUUACUUGAAGCCUUCACAAGUCAAAUUGACAAUCUGAUCCUGCCCCUGUACCUCUUUAUUCUGCUCAUGCUCUGAUAAAUGUGGAGCACGAAGACCCCUAUGUAGGAACAAAUUCUCGUCCAACAUUCACUCUCUGCUCCUUUAGCUAUGAAUGGUGGCGCAGGAGCUUGAAAGUGUUACGACUUUUUCCAAGUCACAUUUUUCUCCCUUUUUUAUUUAUUUUUUUAAUCUUUUGUCUUGAAAUGUAGAACUUUAGAAGAGAGAGACCCAUUGAGCCCGAGUGCACCUCCGGUCACGUCAAUAUCUGGCUGUUUUACUGUGAAGAAUGUGAAUGGAAAUUCUGUGUAAUGAAGGGUCAUAGGGGAAGUGCAGCUGUUUGGGUCGAGCACUGACUGCUAUUCUGUUAAUUAUGUAUUUAUUCUUAUUAAUAAUAAGUGAGGCUAAUCGGCUGAUACUGAUUAGUCCAGAAACACAGACAGUAUUGUAGAGGAGACGUCUGUAUGGAGUGGGCCUCUUGUUAAGAAAGUGAAAGGUACAAAUGGUGAAUGAGAAGUUGUGCAUUCGGGUCCAUAAAGUGGAAUCACUUGGCUGUUUGCUGUUCACUUGGCGUAUGGUUACUUCCUGACGGCCCGGCCAUUUAAGGGCAUCUGGCAGCAUGAGCCACUGGAAGAGACCACCACACUGUGGUGGAAAAUGUUUAUUAUGGGGUGCCAUUGGUUACUGACCAGUGAGCUUCCCUUAUCGAGAGGUGGCCCCAUAAGUGAUUGACUAAUAGAGCAAUAAAUCAUUCAAAGACCAUUAAAAGAAGGAAGGAGCGCAUUGAGAAGUUAGGUUUAUGGGGUCUUUAUUGUCUCAUGUUCAGAGUCCAGUGAAAUUCUGACUUCCGUGUGCUAAUCAACAUGCACCGUGUGGCCACUCUCUGGUUCUGUGGUCCGUCAGUGAAACAACAUGUCUGAUCAUAGAAGGAAAGCAUACAGUGGAUUCAGAAAGGACUCGGACUCGUCACGUUCUGCGCACGUUAGUGCGUUGUGAAUUUAAUUUGAGGUGGACACGUUUGCCAUUUUGGCCCAUCAGUAUACAUUCACUAACACAUCAUGACUUUUGCGGAAAGGUUUGCAUUUUAUUAACAAUCAAAAACUGAAAUCUCUCCUUCAUACGGAGUAUUCAGACCGUUUAGUUGGUGCUGUGGAGGUUUGUAGGAGCCCCUUUGGCAGGAGUCUUCAUGGGUAAGUCUACAAGCUUUGCUCACCUGGAUUUGCGCAGUUGAUUCAGUUCUUCCUGGCAGAUCCUCCGAAGCUCCGUUAGAUUGAAUGGGAGGCGUUUUUAAACUGCCAUCUUAGGUCUCUCCAAGUCUGUUCUGUGCCCACUCAAGGGCAUCAGAGGCUUGUCCAGAAGCCAGCUCAACGUUGUCUUGGCUGUAUGCCUUGCAUCAUCAUUGGGCUGAGAGGUGAGCUGUGGUGGGCACCCUGGAGCAGCUUUUCUUCAAGCCACAUUCACCUCCCAUCCCUAAUUCUGCCCAGUCUCCAAGUCCUUACACCCAUGUGGCACGAUGCUGCCACUACCAUGCUUCACCAUAGGGAUGGCAGUAGGCAAGUGACGAGCAGCCCGGUCCUUGACCGACAUUGUGCUUGGAUUUCCGAUUUUGUGUCGUCAGACCAGAGUCCUUUAAAUGCCAUUUAGCAAACUCCAGGUGGGCUCUCGUAGGCCUUCAUCUCAAGUGUGGCUCUGGUCUGGCCACUCUCCCAUUAAGGCCCAAGUGCUGCUGAGCUGUUCGUCCUUCCAACAGGUUCUCCCAUUUCAGUAGCAGAUGUCUGAAGCUCUUGGCCACCUCCCUCACAAAGGCUGCCCUUCUUGAUCAGUUCUCUAGAACAUAGUCCAGAGCGUUCCAAACUUCUUCCAUUUCACAGUUGUUGUUGCCACUGUGCUCCUGGCAACACUCGGCACUUUAGAAAUUGUUUGGUCCCCUUGGCCCAAUCUGUGCCUCGAUGUCAUGAAGUCCACAGAGAGGUCCUUGGACUUCAUGGCUUGGUUUUUGUCCAGACAUGCAGUUUGAAUUGUGGGACCUCCUAUUGAUGGGUCGCCGUGUGCCUUUCUAAAGGACGUCCAGUCGGUUCAUGUUGCCACAGGUGGUCUCCUGUACAGUCAAGUUUAGAGACGUCUCAAGGAGCAUUAAAGCAAACAGGGUGGGCUCGAGCACACAGCAAGGGGGCUGAAUACGUUCAGGAAGGUCACAUGGGUGGUCACAUGUUGUCACUUUGUCAUUAGGGAUUACCGAGUGUACAUUGAUGGGCAUUAAUGUCCGAAGUCUCCAUUUUAAUUGAAUUCUGCAACACGAUAAAGCGACGGGCACUGAAGACUUUCUGGUUUUGCUGUCCAUACAGAACAUGGAUGGAGAUUUCUAAUUGGAUCCGAGUCCUGUUAGGGGGGAUGCACAAGCGGAGCAGUGAUGCACGUUUUUUUGAAUCGCAUGCAGUUGGGCCCUUUCAUGUGGAUAAAUAUUUUGAACAAAAUAUGCAGAUAAAUAAUGUGAUGACACGUAAAUGAUACCAAAUGAUUUGUGAGCAUAAAUAAUUAAGUGUGUCAUGGAAUAUAUUGUUCUUGACGUUUUCAAUUAUCUCUUGAUUUAUUUCAGUGACCUCCCACACCACGUGAAGUGCACCUUGAAAUGAAAUCUGUCCUUUACACCUGUCAGAGUUGAGAGGGUGGGCGGGCUCUAGGGAGUCCUGAGCUUGGAUUGGUGGCUCAUCAGUCCCACGGUGACAGCAGGGUUUUUCCGAAGACCCCCAGUGCCAACUCUGAGCAGGCGCUUUGGCUCGUCGGGCGACUGGUCGAAAGUGCAGCCAUUAGAGGCGGGUCUGUCAAAUGACUAUGCUGACAGGUGAAAGUGACAGUUCAUGUUACGUGCUGCGUCACUGGACAAGUGAAGGAAUAACAAAUAAGAAACAAACUCUGUCCAUUUCAGACACAUUUAUGCUCACUUAAUCUUUAGGAUCGGUUUACCGUGACAUUUCACAAUACCGUUAUUUAUCUAUAUGCAUAUUUAUUUUUGUCCACUGUGUCCUCUAUAUUAGAAGUGUCCCUGCUUAUAUUUCUAGAUUUAAAAUCCAGAAUACCAAUGACUUCCCAUAACGUUAAAAGCUUGCACUGUUCGACUGGCUCUAUUUUGAAUUGUGUGGUUAAAUGGAAUGUCGUUGAAACUCCCGUCUUUUACGUACUCUAAGCUUGGAUGGCGUCAGUGUCUGUCUGUUUAACAUGACGAAGGUUCUGGAGAAUGAAGGGUCGUAGGAGAAAUGCACCUCUAAGGGUCAAGUAGUGACUGAUGUUAUUUUAAUAAUUUAUUCUGGGUAAUAAUAAUACAUGCAAAUGCUUUCUGUGUUACUUUUGAAUAUGACUUGCUGCAAAGAUAUUUAAAACUCAGAAAUACUCUUUAAUAAAAUUUUAAA